AUGUCAACUAACGGUACUAACAAGAAGAAAAUCCAACCACUGUACUUAGAUAAACGGAAUGUGGUAAAUAAGGCAUAUUUAAUAGAACCUAUUAUACGACAUCGUAUUCAAGAUUCUCUAUUUUAUAAGCAAUACCUUUAUCUUACAAAUGAAGCAACUAUAUUACCUAUAAUAAUUGAUCAAAUUAAUUAUAUAGCUGGUACGGAUUCUAUAGGAAAACCUAGUCCGUUUCUUAGUUGUUUAUUUCGGUUGUUGGAAUUAGAUCCAUCGCAAGAGAUCAUCGAUACUUAUCUUACCCAAUUAGGAUAUAAUGAAUUUAAAUAUUUAACUGCUUUAAUAUUAAUUUAUAUAAGACUUACAAGUUCAGCCAAUGUGAUAUAUUCAACAUUUGAUAAGUAUGGUCAAGAUUUUAGAAAGUUACGAGUUAAAUUACGAACACCUGAGUUUUCUAAAGAAGGCUUACCUAUUAAUUAUAAAUUAUCUUUUAUGGAUGAAUGGAUAGACAGUUUAUUGAAUGAUGAAAGAGUAGUAAAUAUAAUAUUACCAAGAUUAGUUCCAAGAUUAUCAUUAGUUGAAAGUGAAAUUUUAGAGCCUCGGAAGUAUUAUCUUGACUCCGAUGCCAGUGAAGACGAUGAAACUGAAACCAAUAAUGAUAUUCACCAUCAACAAAAUAAUCUGGAUGACUUUGAAAGUGAUAGUGACUAA